CAACUGUGAGGAAAUGUCAUUCCGAUUUGGCCAACACCUCAUCAAGCCCUCUGUGGUUUUUCUCAAAACAGAACUGUCCUUUGCUCUUGUGAAUAGGAAACCUGUGGUACCAGGACAUGUCCUCGUGUGUCCCCUUCGGCCAGUGGAGCGCUUCCGAGACCUGCGUCCCGAUGAAGUGGCGGAUUUGUUUCAGGCGGCCCAGAGAGUUGGGCUGGUGGUGGAGAAGCAUUUCCAGGGAACUUCUCUCACAUUUUCCAUGCAGGAUGGCCCUGAAGCUGGACAGACUGUGAAGCAUGUUCACGUCCACGUUCUUCCGAGGAAGGCUGGAGACUUUCACAGGAAUGACAGCGUCUAUGAUGAGCUCCAGAAACAUGACAAGGAGGAGGAGGACUCCCCAACCUUGUGGAGGUCCGAGGAGGAAAUGGCAGCAGAAGCCUCAAUGCUGCGGGCCUACUUUCAGUGACUGUGCAGGCAUGAAAGCAACUUGAACAAAUCCCAAGGCAUAAGGAAAUGGGCCUCAUUCUCUAGGACUCUGCGGCAUUGGAAAUGAAGCUAAGCAGACUUUAUUACAUCCUACAAUUCUGCAACCUUUUGUGAAGCAUUUUGUUACACUUGUGGAAGCCAUUGGGGUUAUGUUUCAAUCAUGAUGACUGACAGGCUAACUUCAAAAUAACAGCAUCGACAGCCCUUCCACACUUCCUGGGCUAUGUACUUAUAAUAGAACCUUUUCUAAAUUGUCCCUUGGCCUGGAUGGAAAUAAAAUGGUAGUUAAAAUAUUUA